ACACAUCUCUAUCUCUCUCUCCCCGUUCAUUACUCGUAUUGUGUUUUGUUUGAGCGUUACUGUUGUGUUUGCUUUCGUUCAUUGUACUGUUAAUGUUUUGUUCGUUUGAUUAUAUAUCUUUGUGUUUCCGAUGCGCUCCGUGAGAAUAUACUCUUUUUUUUGUUUGUUUGUUUCCGAGAAGCUUGUUCUUGAAUCAUGUCAAGACCGUGAAAAAGUUUUGGGCUUUGGUCGUGGGAUUAUCUAUGAUCUUGUAUAUAUCUUUUAUUUGUCGAAUUUUAUCGAACUUCUUCCUGAUCUUUAAACAAUUUGUAUUGCUGAAUUAUAAAGCUUCGAACUUUUUCUAUGUUUUGAGUAAGGAAGGUAGAUAGAUGCAUGAGGCUAUGUUACAUGAUGUCAUGACACAUGCUUUCUUUAUUUUAGAUGGCAAAAGCGCUUGGAACAUGAGCAUUGCAAUGGUUCAUAGGAAUAUAGAGAGGGAAUGGGAGAUCAAUGUGGACUUGUUUCAUUUAUUUUAUUUAUCUAAGCGUUGGAGUUUGUUUACUUAAAUCAUGGGAAGAUGUGGAGAAAAAAAAAUAGAUUUCAAAAUUUUAUAGUAGCUUUUGGGAGCACAUUGGAGCAAAUAAGCAUUGUGGAGCUUGUGGAGCACUGCUCUUUACCAUGGAUUGCUCUCACUUGGUUUGCUUCAUUAUAUUUUUUGGUCUUAUCAUCAUCAUCUUUUCUAUAUGCUCAUGCAGUGAUGCUGAUUUGGAAUCUGUCUCUGAGUGGAGAUUCUUUGUCAUUAUAAAUAAACUUUGGUUCUUUAUUUAUUUGAAUCCUUGAAUUUGUAUCUGCAGUUACCACUCUUCUUUGUUGUAACAACCUCAGCAAACAAUGAGUGGUCGAUUUUCUCGGUCCAUCUAUGUUGGUAACUUGCCCGGUGACAUUAGGGAGUCUGAGAUUGAAGAUCUCUUUUACAAGUACGGCCGCAUAGUGGAUAUCGAAUUGAAGGUUCCACCUCGUCCUCCAUGUUAUUGUUUUGUUGAGUUUGAGCAUGCUCGGGAUGCUGAAGAUGCGAUCGAUGGCCGUGAUGGGUACAACUUUGACGGCUGUCGUUUGAGGGUUGAGCUUGCUCAUGGUGGUCGAGGACAGUCUUCAGGUGAUCGUCGUGGCGGUGGUGGAUACCGUGGUGGGGGUGGUGGCUAUGGCGGCGGUGGAGGUGGUGGUGGUGGUGGAUCAGCCCGGUUUGGUGUCUCACGACACUCCGAAUUCCGAGUUAUUGUACGUGGGCUCCCAUCAUCUGCCUCAUGGCAGGAUUUGAAGGAUCAUAUGCGGAAAGCUGGUGAUGUGUGCUUUGCUGAGGUCACUCGAGACAGUGAAGGAACUUAUGGUGUUGUUGACUACACCAACUAUGAUGACAUGAAGUAUGCGGUAAGAAACUGGAUGAUACAGAGUUCAGAAACCCCUGGGCUAGAGGCUAUAUCCGGGUUACGAAAUAUGAAAGCUCUCAGUCAAGGAGCCCAAGUAGAAGCAGGAGCCGUAGCCGAGGCCGUGGUCGCAGCCCUAGCCGCAGCGUUAGCAGAAGCAGGAGCCCAAGAAAGGAUCUGA